AUGACAGAACUUGGUAGACGACUAAAUGUAAGACAAGUUGUCAUAUCAACGGCAAUUAUAUACUUUAAAAGAUUUUACGUAAAAAAUUCAUAUAGAAGUGUUGAACCAAUGUUGGUAUUGACAGCAUGUAUGUAUUUAGCGAGCAAAAUCGAAGAAUUUCCACUUCAUAUCAAGACAGUUACUGCUGAAACAAGAGGACUUAAAAUGAAUAGGUUUACUUAUAAUAGUCAAGAAGUGGCAGAAAUGGAAUUUUAUUUAUUAGAAGAAUUGAAUUUUAAUAUGAUAGUCUUUCAUCCUUAUCGUUCACUUAUUCAAAUUUCAAAAGCUUUUGGAACCAAACAUGAAGAUGUUAAAAUGGCAUCUUAUAUAAUAAACGAUACAUAUAGAACAGAUUUAUUUGUCACUAGAAGAAAUUCAAGAAAAUCAAUUAAAAAUGAAGAAAUCAAUAAUAUCAAUAAUGGUAACAAUUAUAAAGAUAUUAAAGAUAUUAAGAAAUGGUUUUCUGAGUUAAAUGUUGAUAUGGAACAGGUUGUAGAGAUUGUACAAGAAUUAAUUGUAUUAUAUGAUUUUUGGAGUGAAUAUGAUGAAGACAAGUCAUAUUCUGAAAUUGAUGGCAUUUUGAAAAAAUUACUAAUUAAAUAA